AUGGGUACCGUGGACUAUAGAAGUGGUAUCGCUAUCCUUCAGCUCAUUAUAUUCCCCAUUAUUCUUGUUGCCGCUGUUUUUAUCUGGAAGAGAACCGGCUGGAGGGUCGGCAGUAAGAUCUGGCGAUAUGCUGUCACCCUCUCUCUCAUCCGGAUAGCUGGGAGUAUCUCUUCGUUAUUGUUGAUCAACGACCCGACCAACUACAACAUAGUUGUUGCGGUCGCAGUGUGCCAGAUGAUUGGUAUUGCGCCCCUCCUACUAACAUUUAUCGGACUACUCAGACAAAUUGAUGUGGAGGAAAGACUACCUCCAAAGUUAUUGAAAAUAGUGUCUCUUGUCGCCAUCAUCGGCCUCAUUCUCGGUAUCGCGGGAGUCAGUUCUGCCGAUACUGAUGGUGGUAGCUACCACCCUGGUACGCUCGUCAAGGUAGCCAUGGCCAUCUUCCUCGUCGUAUUUGCCGUCUUCGUUCUCCUCAGUGGCUGGCUAUUCUUCCAGCUAAGCCUUUCACUGCGGAAGUUCCAAAAGAAGCUGUUCCUUGCCAUUCUCAUUUCUUUGCCCUUCUUAUUGGUUCGACUGGUCUAUUCGGCGCUUGGUGAUUACACCGACUUUGAAGCCUUUGCUCUUGAUGGAAAUACCACCGUUUACUUGUGCAUGGAUGUGUUGGAAGAGAUAAUUGCAAUGGGCGUCACUAUGGCCUUGGGAAUCUCGGCUGUUCUGGAGAAGGACUUUGUGAAGCUUAAUCCAGUUUCUCAGGAGGACCCUGAGCAGAAGCCAUUGGGCGUCUGA